CUGCCUUUGAAUUGUUCAUCCGAAGUUCAUGCAUUUCACAAAAUGCAUCUUAAAUAGACGGGAGUGGAGUGCCAAGGAGUUCUGUCACACAUGCAUCUGUAUCCCAAGUUUGAUCAGCCCGGUCACAGCGAGGGGCUGAGUUGUACAUUCUGCAUGAUAAGAUCAUUGAUUCCCGCUGUUGGAGGCUGUUCUCUGUACGUUGUCGGUUCAUUCGUUCAUUCUUUCAUUUCGUUCACUACAUACAUUCGUUUCUCAAAUCAUGUAUUUAAAGUCACUUUUAGUUUUGGGCAGUGUCCCAUGGGUGUUUGGCAAGGUUCAAUAUAUGGGGAUGAAUAUUGCUGGUUUUGAAUUCGGGUGCGAGAUUGAUGGAACAUGUCCGACUGGCAAGACCCAAUCGCCGAUGGGCUCGGACGCCGUUGGACAAAUGCAACAUUUCGUAAAUGAUGAUGAGAUGAAUAUAUUCCGUUUGCCUGUAUCAUGGCAGUUCCUGGUGAACAACAAACUUGGCGGGACCCUCGACUCCAAUAACUUCGGGAAAUAUGAUCAACUCAUGCAGGCGUGCUUGGGGCUCGGAACAUUAUGCGCGAUUGACCUUCACAACUUCGCGAGAUUCAACAACCAGAUCAUUGGGCAGAGUGGAGGCGCGGUGACAGACGCUCAGUUUGCAGAUGUAUGGAGUCAGUUGGCAACGAAGUACAAGAAUAACGACAAGGUCAUUUUUGGUCUCAUGAACGAACCUCAUGAUGUGGAUGUCCCACUAUGGGCAAACAGUGUCCAGGCUGCAGUCAUUGCCAUCAGGAAUGCUGGCGCUUCAUCUCAGAUGAUCCUGCUUCCCGGAACAAAUUUCGCUAGUGCUGGGAAAUUUGUCAGUAGCGGAUCUGGAGAUGCUUUAAUCAAAGUCACAAAUCCGGACGGGACUUUUGAUGGGUUAAUUCUAGACCUUCACAAGUAUCUGGAUGUGGAUAAUUCUGGAAACCACGCCGAAUGCACGACCGAUAACAUCGCUGAUGCAUUUGCAAUUGCGGCCGAUUUCUUGAGGCAAAACGGCAGGCAGGCGCUGGUCAGUGAGACUGGAGCUGGUAGUACAGACUCUUGCUUGACGGACUUCUGUGCUCAGAACAAAUUCUUGAACGAUAAUUCCGACGUCUUCUUGGGCUACAUCGCCUGGGCUGCCGGAUCGUUCUCGACAUCAUAUGUCCUGAGCUUGACGCCUUCCAAGAAGAAUGGAAAAUACGUGGACAAUCAACUGGCAGCUCAGUGUGUCGUUGCUCCCUGGAGAGACGCAGGACCAGCAAUAUCUGUGUCUUCGGCGGUUGCAGUGGCAAGCACAGCGUCACCAGCAGGAAGCAUAACACCAAUCCCAACACUUGUCAGCGUCACAGCAGGCAACUCCGCAGGAGUAACUUCCGUAGGAGGUGCAUCCACAAUCACUAGGACAACCUCAGCUACGAGGACAACGACUGUUAUGAGGACGAGUACUGCGGUAGCUAGCAGAAGUGGAGGUAUUUUUGCUCCGGUUGGAGCUAAUCAAACAGUGUCUGGAGUCGGAAGUACCAGGACGAGCACUUCCACUCCUGUUAUUGCUACUGGAGGUGCCGAACCUGAGAUGAGGAGGUUUGCUGGUGGAUUGCUUGCGGGCAGUCUCUUAUUUGCGAUGAUUUUGUAAUAAAU